AUGGCUCAUCUCACCAUCUUUGCGCUGCUCAUCCUUUCCUGCCUCUGCUCGGGCUUUGCCGCUUUGCCUCUCAAGUGCAACUUUCAGAGGAACUUCAACAAGGAAAACGUGGAGCUGCUUAAGACUCUGGGAGGCGACUUCCCUAAGCAGUGCGUUUGGGAGAAAAUGAAAAUUAAUUUUCCAGUGGAAUGCUACAGAUCUUCGAAGACCAGCGGCAAUGCUUUCAUUUACGAAGUUCUGCUUCAGAUUGAAAAGAUUUUUACGAACGAGGGGAUGCCAUCGUCGUGGAAUGAAACCUGCAAGCUGACGUUUCGCAACAACAUUUUCACCAAAGUUCAGGAGUUCAAGAAGUGUCUUCCUGCUGAUGCUGCUAAUAUCAGUGACAGAAGACUGGUGACACAUUUCGAGGUGCUUCAGGAGAUUCUGAAAGAAAAGAACUACAGCUUCUGUGCGUGGGAGGUGAUCCGGGCAGACGUGAGGAGCCACCUGAUUCAGUUACACAUCCUGGCUAAGUGA